CUAUUGUAAAGUGGCUGUUCCACUGGAUGUCUUAAGGUGAACGCACCAAUUUGUAAGUCGCUCUGGAUAAGAGCGUCUGCUAAAUGACUUAAAUGUAAAUGUAAAUGUAAGUCAGAGCCAUCCAGAGUAGUGAUGUUGGACAGGCGGGCAGGUGCAGGUAGCGAUCGGUUGAAGAGCAUGCAUUUAGUUUUACUUGUAUUUAAGAGCAGGAGAGUUGUAUGGCAUUGAAGCUAAUGCAUUUCCAGUUUUUAACUAUUUUUUCCCCCUCAAAAUUAUUGACGAGAAAAUAAUGAUCCAACCCAUCGGAUAUCUCACUUCACCCUCAUAUAUGCCAUGUCUUGAAAUAUGUUAGAUAGAUGGAUUAAAAUUAAACUUACAUUGUAAAACUUCUGAUAGUCAACUUUCUAACUCUUCCCAUAUCUUUUGUACUUCAUAGCACUCCCAGAAGGCAUGAAUUAUUGAGUAAUUGUUUGUUUUACAUGACUCUACCAUUGUGCUGUAGAAUUUGUGUAUUUUGUCUCUUGUAUAGUACGUUCUAUGCAUUAGUUUAAACUUGAUUAAGCGUAGAUUUUUGGAAUCUGUCAUUUUGUUAUUUAUGUUCCAACAAUAUCAGUUAUUUGUAUGUCUUGGUUCCAAUAUUUUAUAUAUUUUUUCAAAGGGACUGUCAGUUGGAUAGGCUCUCUGCAAGGUUUUGAAGGCUAUAUCUUACCUAUCAUAUGAAUAUCCUUUUAUGACUCAAAUAGGAUAUCCUCAACAUUGCUUUGAUGUCCAAAAUAAUUCAGAUCGAAAGUACGUCAUAUAAAACUGUUAAAUUGCAUAUAUUCGAGAGAAAAAAAGUACACUGCUUUGUUUCCGAUGUAGACAUUAUAAAGAUAUCUGUUAAAUUAAAUAAUCUAACAAGCUAAUCUACCCCCUCCACCCACCCCUAUUACUAAACCAAAGCCAAAAAAUCUAAGCAUUGUAAUAUCAUGCAACACACAUAGACCUAAUGCAUAUGGAUUAGAGUCUAAAUCCUCAUCAGAAAUGAUAGCUCAUGGCCAGAUAGAUGUUAUUGACUGACUGUGAACUCAUUCUCUGCUCUCAUCUUCCGUAUCUAGUUUGCCAUGGCGACUGUGGUGAUGGAGCAGAUUGGUCGCCUGUUCAUCAAUGCUCAACCGUUGCGUCAGAUUCCUCAGCUGCUCGAGUCGGCCUUCCCUACUCUGCCCUGCACCGUGAAGGCCCAUGACGUGCCCUGGGUGUUCCGCGAGCCUCACAUCAUUGGAGGCUACAGGCAGCCGGACCACAGCUGGCGCUACUACUUCUUCACCCUCUUCCAGAGGCACAACGAGGCACUCAACGUUUGGACCCACCUGCUGGCCGCCUUCAUCAUCCUGGUCAGGUGCCAGGAGCUGUCUGAGACAGUGGAUUUCCUCCGUGACCCCCACGCCCAGCCCCUGUUUAUCGUCCUCCUCUCAGCCUUCACCUACUUGUCGUUCAGUGCCCUGGCCCACCUGCUCAACGCCAAGUCCGAGCUCUCCCACUACACCUUCUACUUCCUGGACUAUGUGGGCGUGGCCAUCUACCAGUAUGGCAGCGCCCUUGCCCACUUUUACUACGCCAUCGAGGAGAGCUGGCACGCCCGGGUGCGAGGGAUCUUCCUGCCCACCGCAGCGUUCCUGGCCUGGUUCUCGUGCUUCGGCUGCUGCUACGGCAAGUAUGCCAGCCCGAGGCUGCCCAAGUUUGCCCACAAGCUGUUCCAGGUGGUUCCCUCAGGCCUGGCCUACUGCCUGGACAUCAGCCCAGUGCUGCACCGCAUCUACAGCUGCCACCAGCAGGAGGGGGGCUGCUCCAACCAGGCCGUGGCUUACCACCGCUACCAGGUACUCUUUUUCCUGGUGAGCGCCUACUUCUUUGCCUGUCCCCACCCAGAGUGCUGGCUGCCCGGGCGAUGUGACUUCAUUGGCCAGGGCCACCAGAUCUUCCACGUGUUCCUGGUGCUGUGCACCCUGGUGCAGAUCGAGGCGACACGCAUAGACUACAUUGAGCGGAGGCCCCUCUACGAGCGUCUCCAUGGCAACCUGGCCCACGACACAGUGGCGCUCUUCGUCUUUACAGCAUGUUGCAGCGCUCUCACUGCCUUCUACGUGCGGAAACGUGUGCAGGCGCAAAUGCUUGAGAAAGUGGAGUAGGAGCUGUCAGGACAGAGGAAUACAUUAGGAUAAGGGAGAAAUACUUUAAUCUGAUUUACACUGGAAAGCUAAAAAGACAAGAGAUUAAACAAAUCAGACUGUUCAUUUUGUAAAAAGAUGACCUGCUGGGUUUUUUUUCAGUUAUUUUUUUGUGGCCUGCCAAAUGACAUUUUAAACUGGCUACAUAGACUUUGUCUUGCGAUGUUGACUUUCCAUGAAGACAGAGAAACCUGGUAGUUUCUGUCUGUCACAGCACAAGCAGUACCUGUAACACUUCAAAUAACAAUGUUUCACUUCACAUAAAUGGUAACAUGAAGCUUGGAAUUGAGACUUUUUUAAUGUGUUGAUUUUCCUCUUAAUUUUCCACUCUCUACUCUGAGGUCACAUGUCAUGGCCUAGCUAUCUACUGAAUAGUCAGAAUGACUUUUUGACUAUAUACAGUAUUUACUGACCAACUCCAAGCAUGACACAAACCAUCUCAAUAGAGGUAUGCAGGAAAGAAUGGAAAGUAUACCCAAAAUGCCCUUAAGUGCAUAAUAAAUAAAUAAUUAUAAUAAUAAUUGAAUAAGAAGAAUUUCUCACCAGCUUUUAUUUCUUAAAAAUACAAUGUGAGUUUCAAAGUGAUUUGACUCCCAAGUCAAAUGUUAGUGCUUAACAAAGACCAGUAUUAUUAUUUUUUUUAUUCCUUGGUCAUCCCAUGAUAUUCCAGUGAGCUCAGUCAACACUGCCAAAUGACUCAUUCUCUGUGUUUUAUCUACCAUUUUCUCUGCCCAUUUUCUCCAAAGCUAUGCUUUCUAACUGAUUGAGAGAUGCCUUUACGGGCUGUCAGAUAUAAUAGUCUGGCAGUUAGACUUGGCUAGAGGCAUAGAGCACACAAUUUGCAAACCAAACCGAACAUUUCUCCUCUAAGAAACAUAAAUUGGCGGAUUGAUCAUGUCAAAGAACAAAGCUGGCACUCUUAGGAUAGUUGGCGUAAGAAAUGGAUGGAAUUAUGUGCCCAAGAUUACAAUGAUGUCUCUUUGUCGUUGUGAUAAUAUUCCUUUUGUAUUCAAAGGGCUGGAACAUCAGCUUUUGCUUUUUCACACCCGAUGAUGUCAAUGCCUUUGUGUGUAUUGUUCAGUCUUUUCAUGGACUUGACUUUACUCACAAAAGGGCUGUCUGAGUACGGUGACUUACUGUUUGUAUAUUUGUAUAUGUAUGGUUGGGUAUGUAUGUGCCUUGAAGCGUGUAUAUAUGUUUGUGUGUGAUUCAGAUGUGAAUGUGUUUGAAAGCCUGUCUUUGCACUGCUUUCUUAUUUUUGAGACCCUCCUCAAGAACAUUGUAGUCCUUUAACAUCCUCUCAAGUCCCUUAGGGUGACAUUUUAAGUCUGUCACACAGCAGCGAAAGGUGAACAAAUGACUCAUAAUAGAGCUGGAUUUAUUUUAAAACCUAUUUUUAUGAUGUCCAUGAAACUGUGGCAAUAAUAUAUUUAAAUCUAAAGUAAACAAUGCAUUUAUUACACAGGUAUUCAAAUCAGGACCUGGAGACAAUAAUUCCAAUACUCAAUUUGAACGAAAUGCCAUUUAAAAUGUUCAUUUUAGAUGAAUAAGAUAAUGUUGCCCUAGUGUUCUGUUGUGAGAUGCCUCCUAAAAUGUAUGUCAUUUUAUAUGUGCUGAUCAGAUGGAGGUUUGAGGUGGCAUUGAACUUUACAGACCUGAGAGCACUGACGGGUUUGGGUUCAACCAAUGUCACUGAUGUCACCUACAAAGCUUAGACUAAUAUCUAACAGGUGACGAAAAGGUUCAAUCAUGACUGACUUACAGGUAACUGCCAAAAGAAAGGAACCACUUAAGGAAAUGAGGGAUACAAAGUAUAUUGAAAGCAGAUGCUUCCACACAGAUGUGAUCCUGAGUUAAUUAAGCAAUUAACAUCCCAUCAUGCUUAGGAUCAUGUAUGAAAAUGCCCAGUUGCCCAUUAUUUUGGCUACCAUGGCUAGAAGAAGAGAACUCAGUGACUAUGAAAGAGGGGUCUCAAAGGAGCAUAGGGUGUUUAAAGUGUGUGUGUGUGUCUCAGUCACCAGAUCUCAACCCAAUUGAACACUUAUGGGAGAUUCUGGAGUGGCGCCUGAAACAGCGUUUUCCACCACCAUCAACAAAACACCAAAUUAUGGAAUUUCUCAUGGAAGAAUGGUAUCGCAUCCCUCAUAUAGAGUUCCAGAUACUUGUAGAAUUUAAGCCAAGGAGCAUUGACGCUGUUCUGGUGGCUCGUGCUGGCCCAACGUCCAAUUAAGAAACUUUAUGUUGGCGUACCUUUAUUUUGGCAGUUACCUGAAUUUGAAUUGUUAUGGUUUCACUGAUAAAGUGGUUGCAAUGCUUCCACACCUUCUACACCUGCAUUGCUUGCUGUUUGGGGUUUUAGGCUGGGUUUCUGUACAGCACUUUGUGACAUCAGCUGAUGUAAGAAGGGCUUUAUAAAUACAUUUGAUUGAUUGAUUGCAAUGACUACAAUACAAUGAUUGUGACCCCUAGUGUCCAAACUACCACUGUAAGCACCAUUCCUAACACAAACCAACUCUGAGUCAUAUAAAUGUUAACCUUGAUUACUACUGACUCUCACUGUCCUGCACGGAGCCUAAUUCUAACCACUGUAUCCAGUUCUACCCAGCAUUGCAGGUUACCGUUUUUUGUCAGGAAUCUUGUUCUGGAGGCAGCUCUGCAGGGUGGUCACUAGCUGGCACAGCCACAAAGUCAUUCAAUUUAAUUUUAACCUUAACCACACUGCAUACCCCAGAGGUGACAGAAAAAUAAUUCUGGGGCCCGUAGUUUUUCCUGAUCUGAUAACCUAACCAGUUGAAACUCAUUACUUUAUACAUAAUGACGUGAUUAAUCUGUUGUAAAAAGGCUGAAUAUGGGCUAUGAUGGGACUAGAGUUGAAAACCAUGUCAAACUUUUUAUUACUAGAAAGACUAGGGGGGGUUCCUAUAAACAGUCAUGGCCAAAAGUUUUGAGAAUGACACAAAUAUUAAUUUUCACAAAGUCUGCUGCCUCAGUUUGUAUGAUGUUAAUUUGCAUAUACUCCAGAAUGUGAUCAGAUGAAUUGCAAAUAAUUGCAAAGUCCCUCUUUGCCAUGCAAAUGACCUGAAUCCCCCCAAAACAUUUCCACUGCAUUUCAGUCCUGCCACAAAAGGACCAGCUGACAUCAUGUCAGUGAUUCCCUCAUUAACACAAGUGUGAGUGUUGACGAGGACAAGGCUGGAGAUCACUCUGUCAUGCUGAUUGAGUUCAAAUAACAGACUGGAAGCUUCAAAAGAAGGGUGGUGCUUGGAAACAUUGUUCUUCCUCUGUCAACCCUGGUUACCUGCAAGGAAACACGUGUCGUCAUCAUUGCUUUGCACAAAAAGGGCUUCACAGGCAAGGAUAUUGCUGCCAGUAAGAUUGUACCUAAAUCAAACAUUUAUCGGAUCAUCAAGAACUUCAAGGAGAGCGGUUAAAUUGUUGUGAAGAAGGCUUCAGGGCGCCCAAGAAAGUCCAGCAAGCGCCAGGACCAUCUCCUAAAGUUGAUUCAGCUGCGGGAUUGCGGCACCAUCAGUACAGAGCUUGCUCAGGAAUGGCAGCAGGCAGGUGUGAGUGCAUCUGCACGCACAGUGAGGCAAAGACUUUUGGAGGAUGGCCUGGUGUCAAGAAGGGCAGCAAAGAAGCCACUUUUCUCCAGGAAAAACAUCAGGGACAGACUGAUAUUCUGCAAAAGGUAAAGGGAUUGGACUGCUGAGGACUGGGGUAAAGUCAUUUUCUCGGAUUAAUCCCCUUUCCGAUUGUUUGGGGCAUCCGGAAAAAAGCUUGUCCGGAGAAGACAAGGUGAGCGCUACCAUCAGUCCUGUGUCAUGCCAACAGUAAAGCAUCCUGAGACCAUUCAUGUGUGGGAUUGCUUCUCAGCCAAGGGAGUGGGCUCACUCACAAUUUUGCCUAAGAACACAGCCAUAAAUAAAGAAUGGUACCAACACAUCCUCCGAGAGCAACUUCUCCUAACCAUCCAGGAACAGUUUGGUGACGAACAAUGCCUUUUCCAGCAUGAUGGAGCACCUUGCCAUAAGGCAAAAGUGAUGGAUGUGGCCCAGAAGUUAAUUGACAGCAUGCCAGGGUGGAUUACAGAGGUCUUGAAAAAGAAGGGUCAACACUGCAAAUAUUGACUCUUUGCAUCAACUUCAUGUAGUUCAUGUAGUCAAUAAAAGCCUUUGACACUCACGAAAUGCUUGUUAAUUAUACUUCAGUAUUCCAUAGUAACAUCUGACAAAAAUAUCUAAAGACACUGAAGCAGCAAACUUUGUGAAAAUUAAUAUUUGUGUCAUUCUCAAAACUUUUGGCCACGACUGUACAUACACAGAGAAAGCAACGUUAUUGGACAAUACAACUCACAGGGCUGAGCUUGUUUUAUGCAGGUUUGCAAUGUUAAGUCCUGCCCUAUGCAACUGUAGGCUUAAUUAAACAUUUA